GGAAAAGAUACGCCCACCACUCACUCAGCACUCAACAAGCUACUCAACAUUACGCCACCACCUAUUACCAAGUUUCAUCAAAGUCGACAUGGGCAACAACAACAGUCGAGCGUCUACUACUAGUGGUAGUUCCAGAAGAGCCACACAGGUGCUCGCAGUGGAAGAAGCCGAAGAAUCCCCCAUUCCUGCGGUGGCAUCGAGCGAAGCCAAGCUACUAGGAGUAUCACCGAGAAAGCGAAGUUCGCGACGCAAAAAGAGAAAACACGGAGGCGAGGAAGAAGAAGGCAAGAAGCGCCCACGUAGUGACAACGACGACGACAACCACAAAUCGUUUUCACUGCAAGUGGCAGCCAGGACCAUUGGACAACAUGUGUGGGAGGAAGCUGUGAGUGUCUGUGUACCCGACAAGAGCACCACUGUGUCAUCCGACGAAAAGGACAAGACACAAUCUGUAGAAGAUACGACUACUACUACCAGUACAGACAAGGUGCCAUCCACCGAAGGAGAAGACUUGGUGGUGCAAAAUCCUACCAGUAGCAGUGAGGUUGCAAAAGAGAGCGGCCAAGCAGGAGAAGGUCGUCGGUCCACUCGAGGCAACAAGCAGAGUGCUCGUGUCGUUCCACCAGAAGAGAAACCUCUGACAUGUCCACUGUGUGGAGUGGAUGGUAUUGUGGCCGCUGCCGGGCAUUUCCCAAAGUGUCCUUUGCGCAUGUUAAAGCCCAAAAAGAAAACAUCACCAGCCAAGUCAUCCAAAGCUGCAGCAACCAUUACAUCCAAAAAGAUUUCUCUGCAAAGUUCCAAAAAGAAGAACGAUGAAGACGAGAAUGCUGAUGCCAUUGGCCAGAGCUCGGUCGAUGGGUCCAAUGCCAGCAACAAUGAUAGCAAGAAAGACAAGAAUAAGAGUGACGAAACUAUUUCCACAAAGGUGACCCAAGAGAAACCGGAUCAAAGCAAUGACGACGACAAAAAGCCAGCAGCUGCCAAAAUCAGUCAAAUCAAAUAUUCAUCACUUUCCAAGUGGUUGUCACAACUCUUGGAAGAAGACGAAUCUAUCCAACAUUACGAACACGACGAUGACGAAUCCAUUCUGGAAUACAUGGAAGAAUCCGGUGCUCCCAAACCGGUCGCUGUUCUAGCCUAUUACUUGCAUCAUCACUGUCCCGAUGUCAAGGACGUGGUUGUGGUGGGAGACAACAACAAUAGAACCGCGCAAGACGAACGCAAACAAUGGUUUCGUAGCAAUUUUCCAAAUCGCACCGGUGCAUUUACGUGUCCCCGACCACCCAUUGUCAAGAAGAAAGGGUGGCGGUCGCAACCAUUGCUCAUGAGCCCCGACUAUGCCGUGGUGGCGGGAUGCACCAUUUGGCUAUUGGAAUGGGAACUCAUGCUCCAAUUUAUCCCCAACGCAUCAGAUUCCAACAGCAAUGACAGUAAGCAACGACCAUGUCUCCCGUGCACCCGCUGUGACAAAGGACACUUUGUCUAUGAUCAUUUGGAACGUCUCAUACCCGUCUUUGGAGACUGCGGCACUAAACCAUCCUGGAUCGUCUCCAAUCACUACGUGUGCUCCCACUGCAAGGUCGCCAUGAGUGGAUCCAGCCCCGAGUUUCUCGCCGCCUUGCCACGUUUACUCCGUCUCAAAUAUCCAUCCAAAAUUUCAUGGGUGGACCCUGCAUCUCGAUUUCAAGUCACGCGGUCCCUGGGCGAUCGCAUCCAGCGCAUGCUGCAAAAGAAUCGGUCCCAUGGAGCGCGCAAGCUCGAAUACUUUUUGUUGAGUCAAUACGAUGCCUUGUAUGCGGCAGAAGAAAUGGAAUACAAGACACGCACGGCUGUGAAUCAGACCGCUUGGAAGGACUUUCCCAACUUUCGAGGGUGGCUGGGUGAAUUGGAUCUGCCUCGUGCCAGUGAACUGGAAGACUUGUAUCUGUAUGCGAACGAAUCGACGCCGUGAUGGACUCGACUCUGCUGUCAUCAUUGGAGCAUAAACGAAGUGACUUUUGAAACUGAUUAUGUUGGUCCGUCGGUUCCUAGCUAGCACCGUAAGUAGAAUAACCAUGUUUGGCAGUGCCUUUGAUGGCAUUCCUAUCAAUGCGGUUGUUAGAGUGUCCGAACUCGCUCUCUGUGUCCUCCCAUGACUGGCUCUAGGCAGUUAGAACUGGGUUGGGAGGAGUGCGGCUCUCCGGUAGCUUCGAUGCUUGGAACACCUGCGAUGCAACAAUGUUGGGUUGGAGCAGCGACUAUGCUUUCACGAGCUUCGCACUGCAUCGAAGCCCAAAUCUUCGAGAGGGACAACGUGACACGAGCAUCCAAAAGCUCAGAACUUCAUGAUACGGAUAGUCGCUCAUUCGCCACUCAAAUCGGUAGACUUGAUGAUUGUAUUGUUGCGAAGGGUAAUAUUCCUAGCCCAGGGAGUGUCGCGGUGACAAUGGGGACACUGAUAGCAAGGAUGACACUCCGGUUUUUCGCAAAACGGACCACAGUGCACGGGAUCAUCAGGCCCUACUCCCAAAAAGAGAUUGUCGGCUACCAGGAUAUCUCGCACAUCCACUGGUCCCUCCAAAAACUGGGGGAGCGCAGUGAGCUCAAGAUUGGGCUUCCAUGCCUGGUGAAAGACAUUUCCUUGAAUGACACCUCCUGGACUCUUGAAGCGGCCAAGAUUGCAAUGACUAUGGAGGAAGGUAUUGUUUAUGAGCUUGGCGCCGGCUGUGGCAAUUGUAUCAAUUGUUGCAAUGGUACCGAUACCAACGGGUGGGGGUAGUGCUGAUGAUGAAAAGUCAUGUCUCAUCUCCAAGACGACCCUCCAAACUUCGCCGGCAUCAAACUUGUGCGUUUGGUUGGUUGCUUCGUGCCAGCUCAUGGAUGGUGGAUACUCCAGCAUGGGAGGAAGCGCCCUUUGGGCUAUGUGCCCGUAUACCUCACUCACAUCCUCCAGUUGAACGACCACAGCACUCUGUAUCAGGGGGCUCAUGACCAUGUCAGUAGAUGGCCAAGCAAAGAACGACAGAUGGUCGCCGGAAACGACGAAUGGAAGCACCGAAAAGGUUCCAUAUACAGUGUUGGAUUUGGCAUUGGCCAUAACUCGAGGAUUGACCAGCAAGCAUUCCAUCCUCAGCUGUGUAGUUCUGUCGCAUUCCAGCACCAACAACAGGGUGGUGUGAACAUUCAAAAAGUCGUCUCCGCUGUACCCAAUGUUCGAAUCUAGGAUGGUUGGACCCUUUCUGAGAUCGGAAAAAUGAAUAGCAUCUCUGACUGCCACCAGUGUGCGAUCCGACCUUGGAACAAAGCGCAGUCUUCGAAAGAUAUGAUCCCCUCCACCUUGAAAGGCUGUCACGGCCAUGAAUGGCGCGGCCCUAACGACAACAUCUUGCACUACAACUUGUGUACAAUUGUAGAGCUGGAGGGUGAUUCCUGAUUUCUCCUUGAAGGUGGGGUUGGGAGGAGGCGGAGGAUCAUAGUCAAUGAUGAUGCUUGCUUUCCCCUGUUGUCCUCGGAGGUGGAUGUUUGUUGAGUGUGAAAUGUUGAUCCCGGAAUCCCCAGAGAACCAAAGAGUGACAUUGUCUUCCGCUACAAGAGAUAGGUGAUGGCAAUUGGUAACAUUGAAAUUACUGUGAUGAAAGUAGUAGUGCCCACCAGGAAUGUGGAUGGUUGUCGCAUACCGGUACCCUUUGGUAGCUGCGAGCUCCACAGCCUCUUGUAGAUCUCGCGCAUUCCAGCGCUCU